UUUAAUUUCUCCUUUUUAGUGUAUUGUACAAGUAUCUGAAGCCUUCCAGAAAAUAGACAGCAUGAUCAGUUACCACCGAACUAAAGACUUGAUGAAGGAUUUCGUGUCCUGUGGAUCCCUUUCUGAGCCCAAUGACCAGAUGGUCUUUGUCAACAAUUUAGCAGGAAUUUUUAUGGGAGUGGUGCAAUACAAUAAUGAAGUCCCAGAUAUGAAUAUCCAGAAACUUUGUGACAUAAUGACAGAGUCAGGGGACUCUUAUGGCAAUCUUCAGAAAAUAAAUCAGAUGAUGAUGAAGACCACCAAUAAAAGUUGUGUUGACAAUACCUACUCCACUUUCCUGUCAGUGUUUAUUAAUCAGACCGUAGACAGACAGGCAGUGGGGCCCGGUAUAAGACAGUGGAUCUGGCAGACCUGCUCACAGUUUGGAUAUUAUCAGACCUGUGAAGAUGGAACUACCUGUCCUUUCUCCAGACUUCUGACCCUGGAAUCCAACCUUGUCGUCUGUAAAGAUGUGUACAAGAUCUCAGAAAACAUGGUGCCUAAGUUUGUACAGUUCACCAAUGACUAUUAUGGUGCGAACCAUCCAAAAGGAACCAGGAUUAUAUUUGUCAAUGGCUCCAUAGACCCCUGGCACUUCCUGAGUGUCCUGAAGUCAGACCAGGUCUCUGGAGAGGUUGCUGUCUACAUCAAUGGAACGGCCCACUGUGCUGAUAUGUCUACUCAUAAAUCCACAGAUCCAGAGUCUCUGAAGGAGGCCAGACUUAUGAUACAGAAAGAGAUUGCAUCUUGGCUGAAAGAGUCUUAAGGAAGUUUUGUUUUCUGAAUUAUCUUUCUUACAGUCCCAUUGAAUCCCUUCUGUGCCAAUUAUUAAUGUCUGCUUUUAAAAAUGUAUUUUGAUCUUUAGUAACUAAAAUGUGUUUAAUAUUGAAUAAUUAGAGAAAUAUUGAAGAGAGUGUCACAGUAAAUACAUUUUUAUGUAAACAUAUUUAAAAAUGUUAACAAUUUACAAAUUGAGACUGAGAUAGAUAUCUCAUUUAAGAUUUUGUGAUAGUCCUCAGUGGGGACAGGUUUUCCAAUAUGAAAAUUUUUUUAGCAUGUGGAGAUUAUAUCAAAAAACACUGGAAAAUUAUGUAUACAAUGAAAAAAAGUUAAUGAGAUGUUGGUACAUAUUUAUAUCCUCAAGUUUACAGGUAUUGAUAUGUUAUCUCGAUGUAUUUCUUUCUUUGCAUUUUUGCUAUGUUUAUAUAUUGUAAUGCAUUAUAAUAUUUAUUACUGUUAUACAUGUAUAUUGGUAUUUACAUUUACAUUAAAAGACCUCGUACAGGAUCAACUUAUUGUCCAAUCAAUCUGAAGUACAUGUAUUUUUUUUCAUUGGUUAUUGAUGUUACAGAAAUGAAUGUGUGUUGUUUAAUUCACAAAUAAGUAGCAUGAAUCACUAUAAGCAAGAGGAUUACUUCCUCAAAACCGGUGGAAUUUCUGUAGGAAGAAAUUAAAAAAUAUACAGGAUUUAUCGAUAUUCAUUAAGCCCCAUU